AUGCAGAGUGGUGAUGAGCAGGGUGUGGAUAACAGCGAUCACAUGGACCAGCACAUGGACAACAGGAACCACAUGGAGAAGGAUGCAAAUAGCAGUGACCGCUUGGACCAGCAUGUGGAUAGUGGUGAUCGUGUGGACCAGCAUGUGAAUAGUGGUGACCGCGUGGACCAGCAUGUGGAUAGUGGUGAUCGUGUGGACCAGCAUGUGCUUAGUGGUGACCGCGUGGACCAGCAUGUGGAUAGUGGUGACCGCGUGGACCAGCAUGUGGAUAGUGGUGAUCGUGUGGACCAGCAUGUGAAUAGUGGUGACCGCAUGGACCAGCAUGUGCUUAGUGGUGAUCGCGUGGACCAGCAUGUGAAUAGUGGUGACCGUGUGGACCAGCAUGUGGAUAGUGGUGAUCUUGUGGACCAGCAUGUGAAUAGUGGUGACCGCGUGGACCAGCAUGUGCUUAGUGGUGAUCGCGUGGACCAGCAUGUGAAUAGUGGUGACCGCGUGGACCAGCAUGUGCUUAGUGGUGACCGCGUGGACCAGCAUGUGGAUAGUGGUGACCGCGUGGACCAGCAUGUGCUUAGUGGUGAUCGCGUGGACCAGCAUGUGAAUAGUGGUGACCGCGUGGACCAGCAUGUGCUUAGUGGUGACCGCGUGGACCAGCAUGUGAAUAGUGGUGACCGCGUGGACCAGCAUGUGCUUAGUGGUGAUCGUGUGGACCAGCAUGUGAAUAGUGGUGACCGCGUGGACCAGCAUGUGAAUAGUGGUGACCGCGUGGACCAGCAUGUGAAUAGUGGUGACCGCGUGGACCAGCAUGUGAAUAGUGGUGACCGCGUGGACCAGCAUGUGGAUAGUGGUGACCGCGUGGACCAGCAUGUGCUUAGUGGUGACCGCGUGGACCAGCAUGUGGAUAGUGGUGACCGCGUGGACCAGCAUGUGGAUAGUGGUGACCGCGUGGACCAGCAUGUGGAUAGUGGUGACCGCGUGGACCAGCAUGUGGAUAGUGGUGACCGCGUGGACCAGCAUGUGGAUAGUGGUGACCGCGUGGACCAGCAUGUGGAUAGUGGUGACCGCGUGGACCAGCAUGUGGAUAGUGGUGACCGCGUGGACCAGCAUGUGGAUAGUGGUGACCGCGUGGACCAGCAUGUGGUUAGUGGUGACCGCGUGGACCAGCAUGUGGAUAGUGGUGACCGCGUGGACCAGCAUGUGGAUAGUGGUGACCGCGUGGACCAGCAUGUGGAUAGUGGUGACCGCGUGGACCAGCAUGUGGAUAGUGAUGACCGCGUGGACCAGCAUGUGGAUAGUGGUGACCGCGUGGACCAGCAUGUGGAUAGUGAUGACCGCGUGGACCAGCAUGUGGAUAGUGGUGACCGCGUGGACCAGCAUGUGCUAAGUGGUGACCGCGUGGACCAGCAUGUGGAUAGUGGUGACCGCGUGGACCAGCAUGUGGAUAGUGGUGACCGCGUGGACCAGCAUGUGGAUAGUGGUGACCGUGUGGUUAAGGACAUUGAAAAAGGGUGA